GCUUCCCCGGCGCUGCAGGUUGAAUCUAUUGCCCCUAUUUCCUGUCACAUGGGUUGGAAACAGGAUCCCUGCUUUCUACUAUCUGGUCCCGUCUUUGUAGUGUCAGCGUAGUAGUAGCUGAAAGACCCGUUUUGAAGUUCAGGGACUUUUUAUAACGCGGACCAAAGAGUGAGUGCUGCACACAGACCCGGACACUCAGACAGAGAGUCAGUCAGUCAGUCAGUCCACUCCACCCCGCCGGUCUGCGCGCAUCCGUCCGUCAAACUGCGCUUCACCUGAGAUCCUAAGUCGCACCAUGGAUUCCUGGACAGUCACUUCUGCCCUUCUUCUCGCUGGCUUUAUUUCUUCUGCAGCUCUUAAUCAUUUCGACACCGAGUGUUACACUGCCAACGGAGAGGACUACAGGGGCCGCCAGAACCAGACCAGCUUAUAUGGCGGUAAACCCUGUCUUCUCUGGAAUGAGACCUUUCAGCACCCAUACAACACCCUCAAAUACCCCAAUGGAGAGGGCGGAUUAGGCAGCCACAACUAUUGCAGGAAUCCUGAUGGGGAUGUUCAGCCAUGGUGCUACAUUGUUGAUAAUGAAGAUGGGGUCUACUGGAAAUACUGUGACAUCCCUUCAUGUCAGAUGCCUGGGAACUUAGGCUGCUUCAAAGACAGCGGUAACCCACCCACCCUGUCGGGCACCAGUGAGACCUCCACCAAGCUCACCAUUCAGAACUGUAUCAGCUUCUGUCGCAAGCAGAGAUACAAGCUCGCUGGUAUGGAGUCAGGAUACGCCUGUUUCUGCGGCAAUGAAGUGGACCUGCAUGACCACGGCGAGUCACCCAGCAAGGAGUGUAACCAUGUUUGUUUCGGUGACCACACACAGCCCUGUGGCGGAGACGGCUGGGUCAUCAUCUUUGAUACCCGAGUAGGAGCCUGCGGUGGGAAUUACACCUCUCCAUCAGGAGUGAUCUACUCCCCUGAUUUCCCUGAUAAGUACUCAGCUGGCCGUGUUUGCUACUGGACUAUCCAGGUCCCUGGAGCCUCUGCUCUCCUCUUCAACUUCACCUUCUUCGACAUUUCCGAUCAGACAGACAUGGUGGAGCUACUCGAUGGCUACACCAACAAGGUGGUGGCGCGCUUUGACUGGCGCAGCCAGCCACGAGAGCCGGUGAACGUCACUGGUGACUCCGCCAUACUCUACUUCUACUCGGACCGCACUAACCAAGCCCAGGGAUUCGCUCUGCUCUACCAGGCACUGAGAAGCCAAGACACCAGAACAAUGGAGGCUGAAGGAGACGGUGAGGAUGAAGGAGAGAACAUCCCCAGCACGACGGGGCCACAGUUGGCUGGUGGCAUCACUGAGAGAUCCAACAGUACCUCGAAUGGACGCUCCCAGAUCCUCUACGUGAUCACGUCCAGCCCCGGUAAACCGGAGCACAACAUGCCAGGUCAGUGGGCUGGACGCGGCGAGACCACCGGCCACAGAGCUAUGUGGACCAUCUACGCGCUGGCCGCCCUCCUGAUACUCACUGUCAUAGCCAUGGUAGCGAAGCUGCUGCUGCAUAUCACAGUCAAGUCCCCCAACAUCCCGACAGUCAGUGGUUCAGACAGCUGCAGCCAGAGCACAGCAUCGUCUGAGCCCUGGAUCAUCCUGUACCGACCCUCUACCAUCUCCCUCUUCAAGAAGAAGCUAAAGAACCACCACGGCGACCUCAGCCCCCUGGUGGGCAACUAGCAUUACUGCUGCGCUCAACCAUUAACCAGACGCCACCUCCACCCACAACUAAUCUGUACAAGGGCCACUAGGUGUUAUGUCCUCAGACAAUGAAACUACGGGAGGCGCUACACUAACAAGCCAAUAGCGGAGUGGCUAAAGACAAUGACUGAGUGAUUGCCACUGAAUGGCCCAUGUACCAAACGUGGCUUGGCUCUCCCAGCAUGCUCAGCACCAAAGGAAAGAGGGGCUGUCAGUGGCCACGGUGUGGGAGAGGAGAACAGGGAUGGGAUGGGAUGGAUGAAAAUCUGUUGCUCUAACAAAAAUACAAGGACGCUUUAGACAUGCAGAAGGUUCCUUCUGCUCGGCAAGGUUCCAUUUCAGUCACCCACCGAUGUCUCUAACAACCAGCACACGUCCGGACUGCAGGCCCACCAGUGAUGUCACAACACAGGCAGGUGCCGAAGAAUGGCUCGCUUCACUGUUCAGUUAUGGACACGCUUCACUGUCACUGUGGCUCCCAGAUCAUCGUCAGGACAGUAUGAAGAAACACAUACACACAUACUGUAUGCUGUAACCCUGUAACAGCUCUUUACAGCUCUUUUAACUGCCUCAACCCUUCCAUACAAAGAGUUAUUUGUGUAAUUAUUUGACUUUUAUAUGCAAAGUGCUGGUGUUUCUUUUUGUUGUGCUUUACAUAGAAAAAAAAAAAAACGUGCUCUCUGAGGAGAGAGGGAAACAGGAUAUGAAAUGUCUCACAGAAAUUAGAUAUCGCAGCACUUUGGAGUUGAAUCACUUGGUGUAAAAUAAAAAGAUCAGAGAGAGAAAGAGAGUGCGCUCACCCACACACUUGCUCAGUGCUCAUGUGGAACUGGGUGGAGAGAUGAAGUUGGGGAGGGGGGGGUGGCAGUCUGUAGACUAACUGCCAUUUAGGGAGAUAUGGGAAGAUCUGAGGGCUUUUUUCCCCUUCUAGUUUGUGGGUGGGAAUCCUUUCCGGUUUGAUGGUGUUCAAGUGCCUUUUGAAUCCCCCUCUUCCACAUCUCAGAUUCCUCACAUCUGUUUCUUUCAUGAAGCGAGUGGGGUCUUACACAAAUCUCUGCACUUUUGAAAAAAAAUAAAAAAUUCUGUGUGGAUGUAAAGAAUUUCAUUCCAAAAAGGGAUUUCCACCUCUUAAAUGUAAAUAAGAAGAAAAAAAAUGCCAUAUCUUGUACAGUGAUUGAAAUAGUCUUUUUAACCAUAGUGCACUCAACCAAACACCUCUCCAAACUGGAUGUUUUACAUUUUUGUUGAUCGAUCAUUUGUUGUUUUGUUUUGUUUCCAAACUGAACACAUAGCUUUUUGGAUCGGACAUCUUCAUAAUAUUGUAACAAAAAAAGAAAACGUUUGUCUCUAAUUUCUGUCUAUGCUCUUAUGUGUAGUGUUGGACACUUACUGAACAUAUUGUUCACAUUAAGUUUUCUUUUGAUGACGGGGGGUGAAUAGUGUUGUACAUUGUGUAAUUCAGUGUGGGAAAGAUGAUAUUUAUAUCCCCACUCUUUCAUUUUGUGUCUAAGGAUUCGAGAGACCUUUCAAAGUACUUUUUGUACUCAAUCGCUCAAAAGAAGAAUGCAUUUUCUUCUCUCUUUAAACAGCAGUAAGUGGCCUAAAAAUCACAUGGUGCUGCACUCUGUGAAAUUGUGACCAGUCACCUUGAUUUCAGGCCAAAAGAAACAGAAACAAAACCAAAAGCACUCACGGCACUAUGCACGAGCUCUUGAUAGAUUCUCCGUUUUCUGUGCAUUGCUGUGACAUUUAAACUGCGUGAAGGGUCAAAGUCCACUAGUAUGCCACUGGCAUAGUAACUAGCCUUUUCCUACUGUGGGACUGGAUGUUAGUGUGGGCUUCUGCAGAUGGUCACCCCAAAGAUUAUGAAUUAACCACCAGGAGAAACUUAAAAACUGGCCAUAAAGCAAUGCACUUACAUUUAGAGACCGUACUAACACAGUUGAGCACUUGAGACAAAAAGGUCAGUUUUUACACAUUAUAUAGCAGCAUAGUCACAUUUAUCGGAUUAUAUCUGAGUGAAAACUCAUGAGGAGACCUUUUUGUUUGUUAAAAAAAUAAAAAGCAACCCUGCUUUGCUCGGCUCGCCUGUUCAUCUGGAACUCGUGGUAAUUAUUGCAAGACGAGAGCACGCGCCUCAGGGUCUGUAAUGGUCAGAGCAGACGGAGCGAGAAGUGUAGAUGUGACAAUGAUGAGGCAUUAAUGAGAUAAUUGUACAUUGAAAGUCUAACACAAGCCACAUCAAAAUCCGGCCGUUUAACUCUUAACAAGGGUAUGUUUGUAAGUCCCAUUUUCACCCCUGUCCUCCAGUCAAUCAGAGAAUUCUUCUGAGUGGUGGAAACAUUGGUGGUUGACGACAUGAGAACAUUCACCACAAGCCUUGUGUGAAAAUGAUCAGGAGGCCCCGUUAACAUUGUUUUCAUGAAAUUGUAAAUAACAAAAUAGUGAAAUUUUUAAUUUAUACGAUAAAUUAUUGUUAUUUUGUAUGUGAAUGGGAUAUACUCUAUCUUUUGUAUAAGUGAAGUAUCUUUGUAGUUUUAUUUAAUGUGUCCUGGUUGCGAAAUAAACACUGUAUGCAUGUUUCUUAA